CCUGCCCCGGAAGUCGCGCCGCCGCACGGGGUUUCUCGCGCUGCUCGUGCGCGGCGCUUCCUUUCUCGGCCGACAUCUUGGGGGAGCAGCAGCUGGAGCAGCAUGCCUCCUAAAGACGACAAGAAGAAGAAGGACGCGGGCAAGUCCGCCAAGAAGGACAAAGACCCGGUGAACAAGUCUGGCGGCAAGGCCAAGAAGAAGAAGUGGUCCAAAGGAAAAGUUAGAGACAAGUUGAACAACCUCGUCUUGUUUGACAAGGCCACUUAUGACAAACUGUGUAAAGAAGUGCCCAACUAUAAGCUCAUCACACCUGCAGUUGUCUCAGAAAGGCUGAAGAUUCGGGGCUCUCUGGCUAGAGCUGCUCUUCAGGAACUGCUUAGCAAAGGUUUGAUCAAGCUAGUGUCCAAGCACCGAGCUCAAGUGAUCUACACGAGAAACACAAAAGGUGGAGAUGCGCCUGCUGCUGGGGAGGAUGCAUAGGAAGGGGAAACAAAUCUACUGCAACAUCUCUUGCUGAAGGCUACUCCGCAAAAGCUGCUCAGCCCAUAGGAUUAUCCUUUCGUCAGCCUGCCCUCCGUGGAACUGAAGACAACUAGACGGAUACACAGAGCCAAACCUGGCAGCAGCAGCAGUGAUACAACUGCAGCUACCUCCAGUCUGCCUUUUCACAAGGGUCUGAGUUUGGUCUCAUCUAUGCUCUUUUUCUGAUCACCUUUUUUUCUUCUUUUCCCCCAAUUCAGCUCUAAAUUGAUGCCUGAAAAGGAAAGUAUAGAUAUAAGAAUGCAACAGCCUUCUCAAAGUGGUAGUGACAGCUGCCGUGUCUACCAAAUAAAACAGUGCUAUGCAAAGCAUUUUAGAACAGAAGCAUUCCUCAAGUAGUUGUUCUUUCAGUCAUGUCAGUGAGCUGCUUUCUGGCAGUCCUUUCAGCCAGCUGACACAAAUUUUGAGUAGACUACAAGCUGCCAGCAGGGCAAGUGUGUGUAUAGGCACAAAUAUGUAGGUGUGAUGCAUUAGCAGUGUUCACGAAGGCAGGCACCUUUAUGUGUGGUAGCUGCAGCAGUGAAGCUUGAAGCUUAUCUUGCAAGUCACUUGUGUGAUGUUCCAGGAACAGAAUGAUUCUCUGCCUGGGAUGAAUACUGAGUGGAGUAACUCCUAUUUCCUGCGGUAAGACACGUCUCCUCACCGCUGUUGCUAUUGCAGAACCUACUCCUUUAGUAGCGUGUAGAAGGACACUGCACACCCUCAGUUCAGCAUCAGUCUAUGCUAUCCUGAAGCUCACCUGGACUGCCACCUCCUGCCAUGGUUCCAAACCCGCCCAAAGGAAGGAAGCCAGCUGUCGCCUGUCUGGGAGGUAUGGUCAAAGUUGGCACCGACACGAUCUGCCGGGAGCUUUUUCAGCUUCUGCUUUUCCUCUAAAAAAUACUUGGUUUAGUGGAGGUUUGUCAGACAAAAUACUUUUGCUUCUUCAGUGCCAUACUGGAAUGAGCUUAAAGUUAACUGGAAUGUAAAAAAGGCACUCACUUUGUUUGAGAAAUUCCUCAUAUGAUGGUCCAAUUUGUUGUUGAUUUCCAGCCUCCUCCUCUUCCUGUAUUAGCCAGGGAGGUCUUGCUCCUAGAAGUUACAGGGAAAAGGCACGUAGCUCCCGAAGUGACCUAAAUGCGUAACCUGAGAUAGGGAAAAUAUCCCCUUCCCCUAUACCUGCAGCUCACCCUUCCAAACAAUCUGCUUUGAACUGCAUAAAGAAAGCAGCAGGCUUGCCUUGGUAAAGGCCAUGAUAGAUCACACCCAAAACAAUACAUUCCUCACAACUAUUAGUAUAUAGCACAUAUAUUCCUCACCUACAUUUUAAAGGUCCAGCUGAGAUCCCCUAAUACAGAAAUGUUUUAUUUUAGUGUGUCAAAAUAUUAGCAAAAGAUUUAGCACCUGUAGGUUAUGCCAUGACCAUUUUAAAAUUGCUUUAAAUGCUGCCUGUUGUAUUUGCAACCCAAGGAUUUUCAAUGGAACAGUAACAAAGUGAGUCAAGCACUAGGAGAGAUUACCUGUGUGAAUAUUUCCUCUCCCUUCUGUUUCCUGUUACCAGAAACAUGAGACACCCAUUAGAAACUGAUGCUUCUGAGGGUAUUUUAAAGAAUGAUGUUACGUGCAUUCUAGUACAUAAGAAAUAAAGAGAUUAUAAUUCAUUAGCAAAA